AUGAGCCCGCCUCCAUUAUUCGUACCCCAGCCGGCCAGGGGCGGAUUUGCUCCCCAAUACGGUUACCCACCGCCAGUACAUGCGGGAUACGACCCGUACCUCGAGCCGACAGCACAAUCCUACGUGCGCCCGUCCUCGGAUGUCGUCGCACCCCUCAACCCGCCCCACGGCGGUUACAAGGGGAACCAGAUACCCGUCGACUAUCGCGUUGCUGCUGCGCGCACCCCCAGUCCGACUCCGAGCGAGGCAGACGCACUCACGGACAAGCAGCGGAAAUCCAAAGGCCUGAGGCAGUAUCUCAACGCAGAGUGGUUGAAGGAACCCCGCAACCUCUUCACCGCAGUCGUCACCCUCGUCCUAAUCGGCGCGGUGAUUGCGUUCGUCGCGCUGCAAAGCACGAUCAUCAACGCGAUGAAGCCCGCGACGAAUUGGCUGCUCAAUACGCCUGGCGCGUGGACCGUUCCCAUCGGGAUUAUGAUCAUACUCUCUUUCCCUCCGCUCUUCGGCCAUGAGCUUGUUGCGCUCUUCACGGGCGUCGUUUGGGGUCCUUGGGUAGGUUUCGGCAUCGUCGCGGCAGGAACCAUCUUGGGCGAGCUCUGCACCUACUUCGCCUUCAAGUACUGCUGCUCAAAGCGUGCACAAAAGCAGGAGGAGAAGAACCUCAAAUAUGCGCUCACCGCCGAAGUUAUCAGGGAAGGCGGCCUGCUCAUCGCCAUCAUAGUCCGCUAUAGCGCCCUCCCCGGCCACAUGGCGACCGCGAUGUUUGCGACUUGCGGCAUGUCCGUGUGGACCUUCUUCCUCGCCACCUUCAUCUCUCUCCCCAAACAGUUCGCUGCCGUCUACCUCGGCUACUCCGAAAACGUCUCGAAGGACGACGCCAACUCCAAGCACACCAAGGUCGUCAAGAUCGUCGUCAUUACCGCCACCGUCUUGGUCACGAUAUUCGCGAUGCGCUUCAUCAACGCGCGCAUCGAGGCGAUCAAGGUCGGCUUCAUCUACCGGCGCCGCAAGGCGCGCCAGGCGAAGCUAUCAGCUGGGCGUGAAUAG